CAGUGUUGUUGUUGCCCGCUAGCAGCUGUCCUCCAGGAAUCAACAAAGUACAGAAAGUCCAAAAAUAUUACAAACGGCGUGGUUUUCAUUGUCGUGAGUAAAUGGAGUUUUGUAUUUCGCCCUUGUUGCGUCGUAUCUUCCGUGUUUUUGAGCUCGGCGCCUGAUGAGAGUCCCUCCGUGAAGCAGUCAUUUGUUCCAUUUGACUGAAGAUGAAUGCCCUGGUGGCUCUCUGCCACUUCUGUGAGCUGCAUGGCCCUCGGACCUUGUUCUGCACUGAGGCCCUGCACCCUCCAUCCCCGGCUCCUUCAUCCCAGGCUGGAGCCUCUGUGUCCGGCGACAGGGACCGAGACGGUGACCGGGAAGGUGAAGGUCUGACCAUGAGGGCCAACAGUUCAGCCACCCAGAGAGGGGAAAUGUGUGAGGGAUGCCGCUCUCUGCCAGCAUCUCACCCGGGCUUUGUGAGCAUCGAUGAUGAAACGGGCAUCCGCUUCCUGAGCCACCAGCACCCAAGGCAGCCUCAGCUGUUCAGUGUCGUCCGCCAGGCCUGCGUCCGAAGUCUCAGCUGUGAGGUAAACAGCGACGUGUGUCCUGGCCGUGAGGGGCCGAUUUUCUUUGGAGAUGAACAGCAUGGAUUUGUGUUCUCGCACACAUUUUUCAUCAAAGACAGCCUGGCCAGGGGCUUCCAGCGCUGGUACAGUAUUGUGAUGGUAGCCAUGGACAGGAUCUACCUCAUCAACUCCUGGCCUUUCCUGUUACGCCACCUUAAACUCACCAUACAGAGCCUUCAAAGCACUGCCCUAAAGGUGUUCGAUAACGAACAGGGGGUUUGCCCACAGCGAGCUGUGAGGAUGAACAGUGCAUUUUCACCUGCUGUACUCCCACAUCAAAGGAGUGGCAAUGCAGCUCGAUCACUGACUUCUCUCACCCAGCAUCCCAAUCUCUGGGCCAGCCUGCACUCCUCCUUUAGCUGGCUCUUGAAGGCUUGUGGGAGCCGCCUGACAGAGAAGCUCCUUGAAGGAGCCCCCACUGAAGAUACACUGGUCCUCAUAGAGAAGCAAACAGAGCACGAGGAGGAGAUGAGCUGCUGGGAGGGAGCAGAAGGAGGCAGUACGAUGUCCCAGCAGUGCCAGUCGGACAGCGAGCUGGCUCACCACUUCCUGUGUGAUGAUGCAAAAUUUGAUGAAUCACUUGGUCCGAAAUUUAGAUCGCUGAGACAUUUAAGACAGGUUCUUGGAGCCACAGAUUUUCGACAGCUGGCCUGGCAUGUGCUCAUGGGAAACCAGGUCAUAUGGAGAGGUGCAGACCCGGGGCUCAUCCAGUCAGCUUUUACAGUGCUCAAGUCUUUGCUCCCGGUGGGCUGUGUGCGCUCUGUGCCAUACAGCGCUCAGUACGAAGAGGCCUAUAAGUGCAACUUUCUAGGUCUCAGCCCUGAUGUGCCCAUUCCAACUCACGUCAGCUCCUCGGAGUUUUCGGUGCUGGUGGACGUCAUUUCAGAGAGAAGCUGUCAGAUCUCGGCUCUCAGUGAAGAUGAUAUUGGCUCUCUGUAUCAGUUCACCAUCAGCAGUGCCAGCACGCAGCCCACAGACAGAGGUCCAACAUUAUUGAACAAGCUGGAGGUGGCUCUGUCCAACGAGAACCUGUCUGUGGACGUGGUGUCGCACUGCCUGCUGUGUUUGAAGGAGGAGUGGAUGAAUAAAGUCAAAGUCCUGUUCAAGUUCUCCAAAGUGGACGGCAGAGGGAGGGAGGACACCCAGAAGGUUCUGGCUCUCCUGGGAGCCACGGGGCCGGGCGAGGAGGACAACGUCAGGCUGCUGAAAUACUGGAUGACUGGACUGAGUAAAACCUACAAGAGUCAUUUAAUGACAGCGGUCCGAGGAGGGGAGAGGAGCCCCAGCCAGUGACAAAAAGGGGAGAGAGAGGAGAUUAAGGGGUAAAGAAAAGGGAGCUGAAAAGAAAGGGGGAAAUCCUGAAGAGAGGGAAAGGAAAACCAGAACCCUUUCAUUAUCAGUUUGGCUAACGGGGAGUUGGAGUUGAAUGAAGGAGGACUGUGAAUGGCUGACAAGUCUGAGCUCGAGCUGCAUUAUUGUCACUUUAAAUAAUAAGAAAUCUAUUGUGUACCGAGCUCUCGUUAUUAUCCUGCGUGGAUUAACCCAGUGAGUCGGGGUUUUUUUAGAAUGCAUGGGGGCUUUUGUUUGUCAAAGGGAAUUCUUGUGGAAGACCUCUUCAUACUGUUUUGUAAAAUUUAACUUAUUAUUACAAAAAAGGCUUUGCACUUUGUUUACUCUCGCUCAUGUUUUAAAAUGAAAUAAAUUACUGUGAACUUUCA